CAAAUGCUUUGUUGCAACUGUUUGUGAUUUGUGACAUGUGAGUUAACUGCAACAUCCAAAACACAGAUAGUAGCCUACAGUACAGACAGUAUUUGCACCUAAUAGUCUUUGAGGGAAUAAGAGGUUUACACCAUAAUGAUGAUUCAACUGGGGCCACCUACUUUGAUUUAAAAGCUUGGAAGAUGUCAACCAAAUCAGUCAACAGCUCUGAAACUAGAAUAGCUGAUGGCAAAGAUGCCAUUGCAACAGCAGUCUCCUUCGGCAUUAAUAUAACAAGAUCUCAUUAUGCAAUCCAAUAGUAUUAAGAAAUCUCUGGAUCAACACACUGUAAUGAGCCCCCAAUGAAAACUAACAAUUACAGAUGAGAAAUUAAACCAGUCUAAACCACCCAGCAAAGUCACACUUACAUUAAUGCAAAUGAAUGCUCUCAUUAAUAUACGAGCCGCGCGAGAUUGUAACUGUUUGAGCAGGUGUGUUUGCCAUUAACAUGAAAACACAGGGCACAUGCUGGAACCUUCUCACGGUGUUUGUCGAAAUAAUUAUUGUUCCUGUAUCACAUUAUCCUCCUUUGUCUCAAUUAAUGGAUCCAUUUUCAAGGAAGUCGACCGCCCGCGGUGCAUGCGCCAAAUACACUAAACGCCCUAAAUGUGGUAUAAUUAAACAUCUGAGCUACAGUUUAACAAUUUUAUUUCUUUAAUCGACAUAUGUAAGGAUUGUUUACAGUAAAGCACGGUAGAUAAACACUUAUUUCCUCCCAGGAUCCCCCCACAGGACCACCAGUCCAGUUCGCACCUUGUUAACACCACCAUUGGAUUUGCUUUACAUUCACUGAUCGUUGAAUUACAUUUGCGACUAAAUAGCAGCUCUUUACGGCUGUUGACCCAAGACUUUGCCAACAUCAUAUAAAACGCUGCCAAUCUGGCGGGGCUUCACUCAGUCCAGCUCCAGCAACCGAAGAGCAUCUCUCGAGGAUCAGUGAACAUGUUGCGCGCAGUGAUCUGGAUCUCCGUGAUGGGACUCGCCCUCUGCAGACCGUCUGAGAAUCACCUGGAAACCGAGUCUGGAGAAGUGCGCUCGGAGGCCAUGAGGAGGCUCUUGGAGGUGUUUGGGAUGGAGGAUCCUCCUGCUGCUUUGGCUCGGGGACACAAACAGCCUCCUCAGUACAUGCUGGACCUGUACAACACCAUCGCGGAUGUGGACGGAGUCACCAAAGACCCGACGCUCCUGGAAGGAAACACCGUCCGCAGUUUCUUCGAUAAACUGCAUAGUGACCAAAUCGAGUUCCUCUUCAACAUGUCCACGGUGGCCAAGAGUGAGAAGAUCCUCACGGCCGAGCUUCAUCUGUUCAAGCUCAGACCACAAGCGUCGCUCACGUUCAACAGACAUCACUUCUGUCAGGUCAGUGUCUAUCAGGUUCUCGAUAGCAGCAAGAAGAACGUCUCACAAGGGAAGAAGCUGCUCUCGUCCAGACUGGUGCCCAUCCACUCCAGCGGCUGGGAGGUUUUCACCAUCACUCAAGCUGUGCGCUCCUGGAUGUCAGAUGAGGGCAGUAAUCUGGGUCUCCUGGUCUCAGUCAGGACUUUAGCAGGUCUUCAGAUGGACCUGAAAACCGUGCGUUUCGCAUCGGGUCGUAACCACCAUCACAGCAAACAGCCCAUGCUGGUCCUCUUCACCGACGACGGCAGACGGGCGGCUUCUCUGGAGAUCACGCCUAAAGGUUCAGAUGAUUCUCCUGUCGGACCCAGUCUCCCGUUUCCCAGCCUCUCUCUCCCGGCAGCGGCUCGUCGCAGCGCUCGCUCCAUAGACUAUGAUGAGAGCGGGGAGAAGAUGCCGUGUCAGCGUCUGCCGCUCUACGUGGACUUUGAGGAGAUCGGCUGGUCCGGCUGGAUCGUGUCUCCCCGCGGAUACAAUGCUUACCACUGCAAAGGCUCCUGUCCGUUUCCUCUGGGUCAGAACAUGAGGCCCACCAACCACGCCACGGUCCAGUCCAUCAUCAACGCCCUCAAACUGACCAAAGGCAUCAAGACGCCGUGCUGUGUGCCUGACAAACUCUUCAGCAUUAACCUGCUGUACUUUGACGACGAUGAGAACGUGGUUCUGAAGCAGUAUGAUGACAUGGUGGCCGGCAGCUGCGGCUGUCACUGACCAGCCUCAUUCAUCUCUGGACGGGUCACACACUGACCUUUCUGUCAGAAAUCUGGACUAGAUGAAACUGUAAAAUAUGUAAAUAGAGAUCAAAUUUUAAUAUAUGGAGGAGCUUGAGUUGGUCGCUUGUGAAAGAUGUAAAUUUGUAUAUUGCUUGUUGUGAACUAUUAUAAAGUCUAAAUAAAUUCUUACACAAAAAUAACGGAUAGGGUUGGUUUUUAUUUCUAUAGUUGUUGCUAUAAUUUAUAUAUCGCAAAAAACUUUUUCCUUUCC